AUGUUGGGCUUUGCCGUCCUCGCCACCCUCCUGGCCUUCGCCUCCAGCUGCGGGGUCCCCAGCUUCCUGCCCAACCUUGCCACCAGAGUGGUGGGAGGAGACAAUGCCAGGCCCCACAGCUGGCCCUGGCAGAUCUCCCUCCAGUACCUCAAGGAUGAUACCUGGAGACACACCUGCGGAGGCACCUUGAUCGCCAGUAACUUCGUUCUCACUGCUGCCCACUGCAUCAGCAAGGGCCGUACCUACCGUGUGGGCCUGGGAAAGAACAACCUGUUGGUGGAAGAUGAGGCCGGCUCUGUGUUCAUGGAUGUGGAUUCCAUCACCGUGCACGAGAAGUGGAGCUCUUUCCUGGUGCGCAACGACAUUGCUCUCAUCAAGCUGGCAGAUCAUGUGGAGCUGAGCGACACCAUCCAGGUGGCCUGCCUGCCAGAGGCCGAUUCCGUGAUGCCUCAGGACUACCCCUGCUACGUCACUGGCUGGGGCCGCCUGUGGACCAAUGGACCCAUCGCCGAUGAGCUGCAGCAGGGCCUGCAGCCCGUGGUGGACUACUCUACCUGCACCCAGAAGGACUGGUGGGGCGCCAUGGUCACCAACAAAAUGGUUUGUGCCGGCGGUGAUGGUGUCAUCUCAGCCUGCAACGGAGACUCUGGUGGUCCUCUGAACUGCCAGUCUGAGAACGGCUCCUGGGAGGUGCGAGGCAUCGUCAGUUUUGGCUCAGGCCUGGGUUGCAACACCCUCAAGAAACCCGCCGUCUACACCCGUGUGUCUGCCUACAUUGACUGGAUCAACGAGGUGGGUGCACUGCGUCCUACCCAGCCCGCGCCUAAAAAUGCAGCAGUAAGUCCGAAGACACAGCUACACGGCCCUGCAAUAGCAAUAAACCUCCUUUCCCUCAAGUUGCAAUCUGUGUGUCUCUGUGCAUCCUCGUGGCUAUGGGCUUCUGAGGGGCUGGCCACUCACUCCAUACCAGGGCUGCAGAGAUAG